AUGCUUAAUGGCUUUAACAAAAAGGGUCAGAAAACUCUUGGCUCCAUCACUCUACCUCUCCAAUUUGGAGACUUCAAGAGCGAAGCCAAGUUCCAUGUGAUUGAUGGGAACACGUCUUAUAGAGCCCUUCUUGGACGCCCAUGGAUCCAUGAGUAUGGGAUGGUACCAUCUACCCUCCACCAAUGCAUCAAGUACAUGCGUGGAGGGGAAGAGUUUUCUAUCCCUGGAGAUGUUCAUCCGUUCUCCAUUAACGAGGUGGGAGUCUACGACGAUGCAGAAUAUUAUGUACCACACAAAGCAUCUAUCCCAGUCUCGAUUUUAUCGGGUUGUCCACGGGCCCCUCCUCUUCCUAGUUCUCUCAUUGUUAAAGAUAGAGAGGUAAAGGAGCAGGAGGAAAGGCGUCGUGCCCCUGUGACUUCUAAGCAUGAGCUUGAGCUCCCCAUCUUGCCUGUAGGUAAGAUAAAAAUUGAAGCUGCAUCAGAUUCCGGGUCUGAUCUAGAUGAGGCACUACCGGUGAGCAGUUCGAGCCGAGAUGACGUUGGGAGGGAAAUACUUCUGCUACCCUUGAAGGGCAUGGUACCUCGUUUGACUAGACUCUCUUUGUCAGAUGAGGUGUUAACCAUCGACCCCAUGCCACGAGGUCAUCACAAGGAGUUGACGAUUACACAUGCCUCUACUGUUGAAGAGUUGAAGACCUUUUAUGUGCCUCCUAAGCUUGAGUCUAAAGAGAAAGGCAUUUUGUUUUAUAAAACUGUUCCUCACGUAUUGAACACAGAUGUAAUGCUUUUAGACGAUGAGAAUGAAGAAGUAGAGGAUAUUCCUCUUUCUUAUUACUGUUCUCCUCUCAUUUAUAAAAUGCUUGAUGUUGGUUUGUUGCCCGAGAGGUGGUCCAUUCGUCAAUCCAAAUUUUGUAAAGCCAUGUGGCAAUAUAAACCCCCAGGAGAGAGGUCUGGAUUAGGCUACGUUAAGAAACCUAAUAAGGUCGAACUCCAUAGAGCCUCAUGCAGAACGAUUUCUGUACAUGAAGAUAUCGAGACCAUCGCCUCUGCUAGUGAGGAGAUCGAAAUUAAAGAUGCCCCUCCCGAGCUCGAGGAUGGCGUCUCUUCGACGAUCGAUGAGUUGGUUGAGGUCAACCUUGGCACGACCGACGAUCCUCGUCCGACUUAUAUUAGCAAACUCUUAACAGAUUCUAUGACUGUUAGAAUUAUAGAAAUACUAAAAGAGUUUCGUGAUUCUCUUGCCUGGAGCUAUGCUGAGAUGCCCGGACUAGCCCCAGAUGUGGCCAUACACCAUUUGGCUAUCAACCCGAGUGUUGUUCUUGUGAAACAAACACCCAGGAGAAUGCGCCCUGAGAUAGAGCAGAAGGUCAUUGAAGAGACCAAAAAGCUCAUUGAUGCCGGAUUUAUUAGAGAGGUUAUUUAUCCUACAUGGCUUGCAAACAUCGUACCCGUUCGAAAGAAGAACGGACAAAUACGAGUUUGCAUCGACUUUCGAGACUUGAAUAAGGCUUGCCCGAAAGACGAUUUUCCCCUGCCGAUUCCAGAACUCAUGAUAGACAUCGCUUCCUCUCAUGCGAUGUUUUCCUUCAUGGAUGGUUUGUCCGAUUAUAAUCAAAUUCGGAUGGCCCCAGAUGGGGAGAAACAUACGGCAUUUCGUACUCCGAUCAGCAUAUUUUGCUAUAAGGUCAUGCCCUUCGGAUUAAAGAACGCCGGGGCAACCUAUUAG